AUGAGUCAAAAAGGAUUCAAAAAUUUGGAAGGUGCUAACGACGAUGCAUCUACACUAGUUGAUGAGAAUGAAAGCACAGAUCUCCCAGCUACCGUGAUGUACAUGCCUGAUGAGGGGACGUUUGGUAAUGAUUCAACUACAUUAUUUGAAGGGCAAGGUGGACUGUCUUCAGGUAUGCUAUUCAGCAAUAAGAAGAAACAAUUAAAUGCGUCUAUUCAACAGCUUAAUUAUAACGAAAAUAAGAUUGCUUUAGAUAGGACUAUAAAUCAAACCAUCGAGUUGUUGUAUGAAUUAUCUAAUGAAAAUAAGGAACGUCCUAUAUUUUAUCCCACUGAUACUGAAGAUGAUUCAAGUCUAUUAUUGAAUUCACCCAGGGCACAUUUGGCUCUUGUUAGAAAUAAUCUGACUGCGUCUGCGAAGACUCUAAGUAAGGCAAAAAUCCCAAAGAAUGUUGAAGAGGAUGAAAGAAUACCUGAAUUUAAAGUUUUGAAGUUAAGCAUUAAAAUGGGACAUAAUAAUCACAACAAUGAUAAUUUAGUUAAAAAUUUAGAUAAGGCCUCUCUUGCGACGUUGUUAGAACAAAAAUUAAAUCAGCAAGUUAAAUAUUUGCUUAAUUUAAAAGAUAGGGUUGACGAUACUUCGUCCAAGGUCUUUGUUACUGGUGAUUUGAAUGCUGGUAAAUCUACAUUUUGUAAUGCAUUAUUGAGAAGGAAAGUAUUACCAGAAGACCAGCAGCCAUGUACUUCAGUGUUCUGUGAAGUCAUUGAUGCAACAAAAGAAAAUAAAGGUGUAGAAGAAGUUCAUGCAGUUUGCAUUGGAUGUGAUUACAACAUUAGGGAUGAAUCAUCUUAUGAAAUUCACAAUUUAAAUGAGUUAGAAGAUUUGGUAUAUGAAUGUGAUAAAUAUAAAUUAUUAAAGGUCUAUGUUUUAGAUCAUCGUUCUUUAACCGAAAGUUUAUUACAUAAUGGUGUUAUUGAUAUUAAGUUGAUCGAUGCUCCUGGUUUAAAUAUGGACCUGUAUCAAACUACUCAAGUAUUUUCAAGACAAGAAGAAAUUGAUUUAGUUGUAUUUGUGGUUAAUUCAGAGAACCAUUUUACUUUAUCAGCGAAAGAAUUUAUUGCAGCAGCAGCAGCAGAGAAAAGAUACGUUUUUAUUGUGGUUAACAAGUUUGAUAAUAUUAAUGAUAAAAAUAAGUGUAUGUCCAAGAUUUUGGAGCAAAUUAAAAGUUUAUCUCCAGACACUUACAAGAACGCGAAAGAAUUUGUCCAUUUUGUCAGUUCUUCGGACGCUUUGAAUAAUUCGCCAGAUGGAGGAGAUGGAGAUGGAGGAGAUGGGGACGACGAUAAUAAUAAUCAUAAUAAUGAUAGCAAUCCAGACUUUGAUAACUUAGAAGCUUCUUUAAGAAAGUUUAUAUUAGACAAAAGAGCUAUAUCAAAAUUAUUACCGGCUAAAAGUUAUUUAAUUAAUUUGCUAAAUGAUUUGCAUUCUUUGUCACAAAUAAAUGAGAAAAUAUAUGUUCAAGAAAAGAAAGACAAGUUAAUUGAGUUGAAUAGUCUGAUUACUCCUAAGUAUGAGGAAAUCUUACAACUGAGUGUUAAAAUCAAUGAUUCUAUUAACAGUUUGGUAGAAAAAACUUGUACAGAAAUUUAUGAUUUCACAAAGAACGAAAUUUUGACAACUGUAAAUGAAUUUGGAGAUCAUCAAGUUGUUCCAUACGAAGGAUUACAAUAUAUAUAUGAGUAUGCGAUGGAAACCCAGAGGGUGAUGAUUGAAACAGUACUUUCGGCUGUUAGUAGUAGUGAAAGUCAAGCAAAGAAUCUUACUAGUGCAAAAGUAGAGGAAAUAAUUAAAUUCGGGAAGACAACUUUGGGAGAUGAAUUUUUGCAUGAUAAGGUUUUUAAACCUGAUUUGAUGUUUACGAGAAGGCGUGAUACAAUUAAAAAGAAUUUAAAUGAUCUGAUUGAAUUUAGUGACUUUUUCGAUCCUUCAUGGGAGUCCUGUUUAAUGUGGUUAGGAAUACCAAAAGAGUUUGUUUCAAAUACUAGACUGCAAUUAAGUUUCUACAACUCAUCGAAUUUAAUAUCCAAUUUACCAUCUUCUGCUAUGUCAUUGAAGAAUCAAUUACCCACGCAAUUGACUUUACACACGUUGUACUCUUCAACAAAAUUGUUAACUACUGGUGCCUUAAUCCGCAAACUAUAUUCCGUAUCUCAUUUAAUUAGGCCUUCACUUUUAAAGAAAUUUGCUGGACCGAUUCUAUUGGGAAUCACAGGGUUUACUGUUUAUUAUCUAGUAAAUGAUAUUCCUAAUGCUUUUCCAAGAAAGCAAGCUCGGAAGAUUAAAAAGCAAAUUUUUGAUAUGGACUAUCCACAUAUUAAUGCGGAUAGAAUAUCAAAAGAAUGCAGACAAGUUCUUAAUUACCCAUCAAGACAAGUUAUGAAUAACUUUCAAACUACUAUUGACAAACGGUUAGGGGAAAAGGAAAAAUUGGAAAAGUGUAUUAAGGAUGCAGAAUUAAGCUCCGGGUAUUUUGAGAAAUUAUUAGGUAAGAUCGAUUAUCAGAUGCAACUCGUUGAUGACAUAGACUUAGAAAGUUUAAAUACGGUUGACUAG